CACCACCCGGCUGGGGAUGCGGCUCUAGCAGCCCCGCGAUGAGCGGCUCCUCCAUGGCGAAAAGCGAGUCCCGCACUUCGCUGCUGAAGGCGGCGGGAAGAGGGAGGGCGAUGGGCGCCCAGCCCCGUGGCAGCCGCGCCCGGGACGGCAGAGGACAGGGCGGGCAUGCGGGGAGGGAACAGAGCCAGGAGCCGCUCCCCGGGGAGCCCAGUGCCCGCAGGCCGCUCUGCCACCCGGGCGCCCGGGAGGACGGAGCGAGGGGCGCGUGGAAGCUGUCACAUGGACGAGGGGAGAGCCAGCCGGAGCCGGCGGAAGGAGGUCCAAGGAGAGGCAGCGGCAAGGAACCGGUGCGGACAUCCAGACACCACCACCACCUCCCACCGCACGCCAGCUACGGUCACCCCCAGGACCAGCAUCAGCUCUCAGACAGGGAUGGGGAGGAGGCAGAGGAGGACUUUUUCUUCAGUCACAGGCAGGGGUCCAGCAGAGAGUCCCUAAGGCUCUCGGAGGGCGCUUCACCUCUGUCCAAAUUCAGCAGCAAGUACUCCACCAAAUCCAGCGGCAGCGACAGGUCGGUGGAAGCGGACCCCCUAUUCCAGCAGCUGCACCCCAUGCUCAGCUCGGUCUUUGGACAGAUCCGCCGUGAGGAGAAGACCAGCUAUAAGGCUGUCCAGACGAGCGAAGAGGGGCCGUCGGCCAGCGAGUACCAGGGUCCGCUCAUGGUGCUGGCCCAGAACUGCGCCGUCAUGCACAACCUGCUGGGGCCAGCAUGCAUCUUCCUGAGGAAGGGCUUCGCAGAAAACAGGCAGCCUGACAGAGAACUGCGGCCUGAAGAAAUUGAAGAGAAGCCCUUUAAGGAGUUUGAUAAAGACAAGGAUAGGUUUAUUAACUGCAGAGACCUGGGAAACUGCAAUGCGACCAUGGGCUACAUGCCCACUGAGAUGGAGCUAAUAGAGCUCUCCCAGCAGAUCAACAUGAACCUGGGUGGCCUUGUGGAUUUGAAAAGACUUUGUUGAGCUGAUGGGCCAAAGCUGCUAAGCAAGACUGCAGAUAUGAUUGGUGUUUAAAGAAGACUCCGAGAUGCCUUCAGAUUUGACACCAAUGGUGAUGGGGAGAUCAGCACCAGUGAGCUGCGAGAAGCCAUGAAGAAGCUUCUAGGGCAGCAGGUAGGCCACCGGGACAUCGAGGAGAUCAUCCGGGAUGUGGAUCUGAACGGCGAUGGCCGCGUCGAUUUUGAAGAGUUUGUUCGCAUGAUGUCUCGUUGAAGAGUAACCUCAACUACAGAAGAAUCAGCACCUUAGGGCAGAAGAGGACCUAGAGGGAGCAUCUAGCCCCGAUGUUCCCACAGGAAGGUUUAUCGUCUGGCUGCAAUUGGGGUGUUGGGAUCUGCUGCUGCUCCUCCCUCAUGGUGGUCCCCAUGCCCCUCCACCCUUUCACACUGUGAAAGACUUGCAACUUCCUACAACUGGAACCAUUCCUUGGAGGUGAUUGCAGAGCCAGGACUUGCCAUGAUGCUUUCAUGGGUUAUUUUCAACUUUAGACUCCUCCUCCCUAGCUUUAUUCUCCCACCAGCUGCUGCAAAGCAAAAGCAGGAGACAUCCUCUAGACUUGGUGGAGGAAAGCAAAUCCGUUGGGACUGGUGGCAGCCUCAGGGCAUGCUCUGCACUUCUGGGUUUCCCUUGGUGCCCCGUGUCUGUGUUUGUUGUCUCUCUGUGUGUCUAUAUGUGAAGUUAUGUAUGCUUCCCCAGCACAUAUUCACAUCUCCUGUGGUUAUGUUUACUAAGAGAACAUUCAAAUACCUGUCUUGUGGGGGGAAGGUGAUAAAUCUGCACGCUGAAAUGA